GUGAGUAUGCGUGCUCGCGCGUAGCCGCAAAGGAAUUGACUGGAAAACCCCGCGAAAAUCUGGGUCAUCUGUCCUCUGUGAAUUUCGUGAGUUUUUUGUUUUUGUUUUUGUUUUUUUAAACUACAUACGCCUACCCCAACAACCUCCGGGGAAAAAAAAAACUAACUCUCUGGAAUCCCGGAAGCGGAAAGAGCCCCCCCUUUUCCCGGAGUCUACUUCCGGGUCAGUAGGAGAGCGCAGGAUUCCGGGCCGACAGCGGGCGGUGGAGCCGGGACCUCGCGUGAUUCUCGGAGCCCAAAGAAGAGUCGCGUCCCGGGCCAUGGCGGUGACUCUCGACAAAGAAGCUUAUUACCGGCGAGUGAAAAGGCUCUAUAGCAACUGGCGGAAAGGAGAGGAUGAGUAUGCCAACGUUGAUGCCAUUGUUGUUUCAGUAGGUGUUGAUGAAGAGAUUGUUUAUGCCAAAUCUACUGCCCUUCAGACAUGGCUCUUUGGUUAUGAGCUAACUGAUACCAUUAUGGUGUUCUGUGAUGACAAGAUCCUCUUUAUGGCCAGCAAGAAAAAAGUAGAGUUCUUGAAACAAAUUGCCAACACCAAGGGUAAUGAAAAUGCAAAUGGUGCUCCUGCCAUUACACUGCUGGUUCGAGAAAAAAAUGAGAGUAACAAGGGCAACUUCGACAAAAUGAUUGAAGCCAUUAAAGAGAGCAAGAGUGGCAAGAAGAUCGGGGUAUUCAGCAAAGACAAAUUCCCUGGAGAGUUCAUGAAGAGUUGGAAUGACUGCCUUAACAGAGAGGGCUUUGAAAAAAUGGAUAUCAGUGCAGUUGUGGCAUAUACCAUAGCUGUAAAAGAGGAUGGAGAACUUACUCUGAUGAAGAAAGCAGCUAAUAUCACCUCUGAAGUCUUCAACAAAUUUUUCAAGGAAAGAGUCAUGGAAAUUGUUGAUGCAGAUGAGAAAGUUCGUCACAGCAAAUUAGCUGAGUCUGUGGAGAAGGCCAUUGAAGAAAAGAAGUACCUGGCUGGAGCGGACCCUUCCACAGUAGAGAUGUGUUAUCCUCCCAUCAUCCAGAGUGGUGGCAACUAUAAUCUCAAGUUCAGUGUAGUUAGUGACAAGAACCACAUGCAUUUUGGGGCCAUCACCUGUGCCAUGGGUAUUCGCUUCAAAUCCUACUGCUCCAAUCUCGUACGAACCCUGAUGGUAGAUCCUCCCCAGGAAGUCCAGGAGAAUUACAACUUUCUGCUCCAGCUACAGGAAGAGCUGCUGAAGGAACUGAGACAUGGUAUGAAGCUAUGUGAAGUAUACAAUGCUGUCAUGGAUAUGGUCAAGAAACAAAAACCAGACCUGCUCAACAAAAUCACCAAAAAUCUUGGGUUUGCAAUGGGAAUUGAAUUUCGUGAAGGAUCCUUGGUAAUCAAUAGUAAAAAUCAGUACAAGUUGAAAAAAGGAAUGGUUUUUAGCAUCAAUAUGGGAUUCUCAGAUCUGACUAACAAGGAAGGAAAGAAACCAGAAGAAAAAACCUAUGCCCUCUUCAUUGGUGACACAGUUCUUGUUGAUGAGGAUGGUCCAGCUGUUGUUCUUACUUCUGUCAAGAAGAAAGUGAAGAAUGUGGGCAUCUUCUUAAAGAAUGAGGAUGAAGAAGAAGAGGAAGAAGAGAAAGAUGAGGCUGAGGACCUUUUGGGACGAGGUUCAAGAGCGGCUUUGCUCACAGAGAGAACACGAAAUGAGAUGACUGCAGAGGAGAAGAGGAGAGCGCAUCAGAAGGAAUUGGCCACACAACUCAAUGAGGAAGCCAAAAGGCGUUUAACAGAGCAGAAAGGAGAACAGCAGAUUCAGAAAGCUCGAAAAUCUAAUGUAUCCUACAAGAACCCUUCUCUGAUGCCUAAGGAACCACAUAUCCGUGAAAUGAAGAUUUAUAUUGAUAAGAAAUAUGAGACUGUAAUAAUGCCUGUGUUUGGCAUUGCAACACCCUUCCACAUUGCCACAAUCAAGAAUAUCAGUAUGUCUGUGGAAGGAGACUACACCUACUUGCGAAUCAACUUUUAUUGCCCAGGCAGUGCUCUGGGCAGAAAUGAAGGCAACAUUUUCCCUAAUCCAGAGGCUACAUUUGUCAAGGAAAUCACGUAUCGAGCUUCAAAUAUGAAGGCACCUGGAGAACAGACAGUACCAGCUUUAAAUCUUCAAAAUGCUUUUCGAAUUAUAAAAGAAGUUCAAAAACGUUAUAAGACUCGGGAAGCAGAAGAAAAAGAAAAAGAGGGUAUUGUGAAACAAGACUCACUAGUUAUCAAUCUUAACCGGAGUAAUCCUAAGCUGAAGGAUCUGUACAUCCGACCCAACAUUGCCCAAAAGAGAAUGCAAGGCUCCCUUGAAGCUCAUGUUAAUGGUUUUCGUUUCACAUCAGUUCGAGGAGACAAAGUGGAUAUUCUCUAUAAUAACAUUAAGCAUGCCUUGUUCCAGCCAUGUGAUGGGGAAAUGAUCAUUGUCCUGCACUUUCACCUCAAGAAUGCCAUCAUGUUUGGGAAAAAGCGGCACACCGAUGUGCAGUUCUACACUGAAGUGGGAGAAAUCACCACUGACUUGGGAAAACACCAGCAUAUGCAUGACCGAGAUGACCUGUAUGCUGAGCAGAUGGAAAGAGAGAUGAGGCACAAGCUGAAAACAGCCUUUAAAAACUUCAUUGAAAAGGUUGAGGCCCUAACCAAGGAGGAGCUGGAGUUUGAAGUGCCUUUUAGGGACUUGGGAUUUAAUGGAGCCCCUUACAGAAGCACCUGCCUGCUACAGCCCACUAGUAGUGCACUGGUGAAUGCUACAGAAUGGCCACCUUUUGUGGUGACAUUGGAUGAAGUGGAGCUGAUUCAUUUUGAGCGAGUCCAAUUUCAUCUGAAGAAUUUUGAUAUGGUAAUAGUCUACAAGGACUACAGUAAGAAGGUGACAAUGAUCAAUGCCAUCCCUGUGGCCUCUCUUGACCCUAUCAAGGAGUGGUUGAAUUCCUGUGACCUGAAGUACACUGAAGGAGUGCAGUCCCUCAACUGGACCAAAAUCAUGAAGACUAUUGUGGAUGAUCCUGAGGGCUUUUUUGAACAAGGUGGCUGGUCUUUCUUGGAGCCUGAAGGUGAGGGGAGUGAUGCUGAGGUAGGAGACUCAGAGUCUGAAAUUGAAGAUGAAACUUUUAAUCCUUCGGAGGAUGAAUAUGAAGAAGAGGAGGAGGAUAGUGAUGAAGACUAUUCCUCAGAAGCAGAGGAAUCAGACUAUUCCAAGGAGUCACUGGGCAGUGAAGAGGAAAGUGGGAAAGACUGGGAUGAACUGGAGGAAGAAGCAAGAAAAGCUGAUCGUGAGAGCCGUUACGAAGAGGAGGAGGAACAAAGCCGGAGCAUGAGCCGGAAAAGAAAGGGUUCUGUGCACAGCGCAGGGCGUAGCUCCAGCCGUGGCUCCAGACACAGCUCUGCACCACCCAAGAAAAAGAGGAAGUAGAUUUGAACUUUCCACCUUAUAAUCCCUUCUUCCUCCAGCCAACCCCUAAAUAUUUUACAUGACAUAGAAACUGUAUUUUUCCCUUCGUUUUCUUUAACUUUUUGCCAUUUGUGUUCAUGGGUUUUGGGGCCAUUUUGUAUGGACCAAUCUCCUCAGUGAAUUCCAGGGCCCACCAGCCUACAUGUCCUGAGACCACAAUGUACACCAAUCAAUGGCCCCACACAGAUGCCGAGGGAAGAGGUAUUCUUGAAGAAGGCCAGAGGCAUCAGCUAUUAAUAUAGUUUCCUUCCUCUCUUUUUGUCUGUCGUCCUCUGCCAGGAAGACCUUGUUGGCUUCUGAUUAUGAUACCCAUAUGUAACCCAUUUCCAAGGGGCUUGGGUUCUGAGCCACAUGGAUUCUGUGGCAGCUCAAAGGUGGUAUCCUUUUUAUAGUGUGGUAUAUAGGGCAUUGCCUGCACCCUGGAUCCUGACCAGCAGGCUCAGUCCCUCCUCCUGUCCUACCCUUUUGCCAUAAUCCUUUCCCCGGUUCUUGCAGUACUCAAGAAAAGGUUCUUUUGAGGGUGAUCAGCAGUUGCUAAAGGCUGUUAUAAUCAAUAAGCUCCAUGCAGCAACUUCAGUAAUUGUCAUUCUCCCUACCUUCUUGACUCAUGCAAGGUCCUCCUGCUGUCUCCAAAGAUGAGACAAGCAGUGUUUCCCUGCCUCACUGUCACACUUUUUCCCACAAAUUCAUAAACGACAGCGUGGGCAAGAGAAAAUAACACUGCUUUUCUGUAUGACCUUCUCACCUAAGAAGGAAUAGUUGUGACUCACAUUCAAUUCCUAAUGAAAUCUAGAGGGGUUGUUUUGAAGCAGCAACUAUUCUGGGUGAGAAAAGUUACUGUUCAGUAUCCCAGAGAUCCUAUCAGGGAAAGAAAGGAAGGGGGGAAAGAAAGACAACACAGCCACUGGUCACUGUUCUUCAUUUUUACUUGUCUUGCAUUGUCCUGUAUUUAUCACAAUUUCUGUUGAACAGGUUUUUUUGUUUGUUUGUUUGUUUUAAGUAUUUGGGAGGGGUUUUUGCCUGCCAUCUCCCCUCUUAGUCCUCUGAGCUCACUCGUCCCAGAACAGAUCAUUCUGUGUCCUGUGACUUUAGGAGAGAGAGAGGCUUUUUGUUUUGUUUUUUUUCUGCUUAGCAGUAGGACUUGAUAUUUUCAACUUUGGAAGAACUAAAAGAUGAAUAAAAUGUGUUUUUUUGUAAGUUCA